CAUUUAUUCGCUGUUUUGUUGUGAAUUGAUUUCGGAUUGGCGGCGGCGUGUAAAAUGAGUUUGAACGAACCGUUAAUAGAUAGAAAAGAAGAUGUUUAUUCUAUUCUUCGAACUUAUUACUACCAGUUUCCUCGAGUUAGGGGAGACUUGAAUACUCCACGUCCUGCAGCUUGUUUCUCCCCUCACAUCUUUGGGGCUGGCAAGAGUUUUGUUGGUGAAAAUUUUUUAGAGUUUCUAAAAAAAUUCGCCGACGAAGAAGAAGAGCAGACGAAGACAGAGGUUUUCAACAAGAGCUCAUCGGGAAAAGUUGAUUUGAAGAUUUUUUCUUGGAAACACUUUGCGGAAAACACUUUGUCAGUUAUCUUAGAACUAAGAGAGAGCUUUUCUGAUGCUCCUUUUCCAAGUUUUCGAAAGGCUUUGAUGUAUAACAUAGUUUUGAACGCUUAUCGACAAAAUGGUAAAGAUACGGACGCUCUUCAGAUGGCUCAGAGGACGGUAAAGAAAUUCGAUACUGUAGGAGCUAUUAAUUGUCUUCUCGAACAAUUUCAGAAACAAUAUUUAUUUUUGAUGAUAGACGAACUUAGCCACCUGAGUUACCUCACCACAUACUAUAGUGAACUUACCACGAAACAGUUCGUCGAGUCUGACCCAAAAUAUGUACCUUUCCGGAAUUUCUUCCGUAUUUUACGUGAUUUGUUGAUUACAGGGAAGGUAAUUGUCUAUUUGGCAGGUCGGACUGCUGAAAUCUCAGCCCGCCUGUCUGAUGCUCGCUCCAGUAGUGUCACCCUCAAUAUGUUGCGGCUGAAUCCCUUUAAUCUCCAUGAUAUUAAUGAAUAUCUUGAGCUGGCAACUUAUGAUGGAAAGUCCUUGAAGGACUGGUUAUUGCCCUCAGAUGGCUUGCAACAUCGAUUCGCAGAAUUAUUAAAAAAGAAGACAGGGGGUAUUCCGUUGAUUGUAAAGAAUACUUUAUUAGCCCUAGUAGAGAAAGUUGCAAACUUAUCUCAUCCUGCUAUCAACGAUGACAAUAUGGAAAGUGUGUUAGAUGAUAUUUUUCACUCUGUAGUACGAAAGACAACAACGUUUAUUGUUCCGGAGAUAUUAGAUUCUGCAACCCUUCUUCGAUAUCAAUUUGUUCUUUUCAAUUAUCAGCUCGGGACAGUUUUUCCAAUCAACUUUGCAAUUACUCUAUGUGGAACGACAACUUAUUUGAUGGAUUUGGUUGCAACUUUUGGGUUUUACUCUGAAGUUUUGGGCGAGGAAUUCAAGAUUGGUUGUUGUGAAUUUAUAUUGCGAGCUCAUAGCAACUAUAAAUUUUUCCGUGAGGCUACUGAACUUUUUCCUUUAUCUCCGUUUAGUUAUAUUCCCGACACUUCAACAGCAAAAGGAGUCUUCUUUGAAUUUGUAUUUAUGAAGAUCUUUCGUUUUCGCUUAUUAACUUUUCUUCAUUCUAAUUCCUCGCCUAUUGUACAUUCUGCUAUUCCAGGAAUUUUCCAGGGUUCUUUUAUUGAACAGGACAAUGUUUCGUAUUCUAUGGAAUCUACAAAAUCUUAUGAUAUACCCAUCUUGAGAAAUGUCUCUGGUUCAUUUUCUGAGGGCAAUUCUAGUGGUCCUGAUGCAUAUGUUGUAUUCCAUAAUGGACAAACACGUUAUGUUGUUGGAUUUUCAUUCAAAUUUUAUCACAAAACUGAAUUUUCGAAAACAAAUAUUGAGGAAGAAGCCGAACAAUUUUUUAAGGGAGUUGUUUCCGUUUUGAAUGACGAAUCUUUUUCAUCUGUUCAACUUCGUUUUCAGUUUGUGGUAGUAUGUACUAGAUAUGAUCAAUCUGUAGGUUUCUCUACCGAAGAACAUAAUAUUGUUGAAGAUGCAAGUGGUUUUGUGACUCAACAUUCUUCGGGAUCAACUUUGAAUGAAAGUAGUCGAUCAUGUCUGCAAUUGGUAAUUGUUUCUCAAAGGAACCUUGAAGUAUAUUUGGGAAGAGAUAAUGUCGAAACAUUGAGGAAAAUUGGGGAAGCAAACCGAGGAGAGUUUUCUAAAGACUUUUCAGUAUGGUGUGAAACUGUCUUUGAGUCGAUGUCCAAUGAAUAUGUUUCGCCUUUGGAGCAAUCAAAUGUUACUUUAAGAGUAGCUCGAAAUAUAAGACCGAGAACAAAUGAGGAGAAUAGGAUGCAAAUGGAAGAGCUUCAAACUGCUAUGCAAGUGGAACGAAGUGUCGCAGCAUCGAGUUCUUUGUCUUCGUCAUUUGAUUGGAAUGCUUUCUUAAGAGACUGUUGUGGUCUUUCUGAAGAAGAUGUUGCCUAUUGUUUGCCUAGGUUGUCCUUCAUAGGAAUGAUAGAUUUGAGUGGCGUGACAACAGAGUUUCUUUUGAAGUGCGGUAUCGAUAGUCCUUCACUAAGAUUGCGAAUUAUGUUAGGAAUACGACAGUUUUUAGCAAAGUAGCUUUUAUGGACUAGUUUGUGGUAUGCCCAUGAUUUCCCUGUGAGAUGAUGGAAGCCUUAUAGAAGUCGUAGUCCUAAUAAAGACAUGUAAUUUUUGUUUUUAUCUCACUGCAAAGUCAUUACGUGCUUAGUAACUUGAGAUAUCUUGCCAAUAUGCUGAGGAAGCAAAAAGCUUCUGUUUAGUUGUUCUUUAUUCAGAUUCAUCUACAAAAGUGUUGGCAAUCUAUUUAGAUAAACUUGCACUUCUUUUACCGUUUGCAAAUGUUAGUUACGCUUCCGUAGAUAUGGAUUUCAAUUUCCUUAUCGCGUUUUGGCAGGAUUGUUAUUGAAAAAUGUUCUUGACAUAACUGACGAGGAUGAAAGCAUAUAAUGUCAUCAAGAUAAGUAUAUUCAUUUUUUAGAGAUCACAAGGCCAAACAAAGUUCACUGAAAGAGUUCAAAUGUUCUGAUACGCAGUAGGCUGAAUUUGCAUCUGUUGAAACACGAACCAGCACGCUGUUCAUUGCCACACUUGAACUUCAAGUGAACUCGACUUUGAGGUAACUUCUUUAAGGAAGGAAAUGUGAAAUAACACUAAAUAUGAAUAACAUGACCCC